GCGGCAGGUCGCACACACUCGCUGAUCAUCUAAGAUCUCAAGCCAAGUUUGACUCCUGACGACUAACAUGAACAGGUCGCAGGCGUUGAGAGGGCACGCCCGGUCAGCGAUAGCGAACCAGAGGUUGCUACAGCGAUCGAGCCAUCCUUGCCGAUGUCUGACCAGUCAGGCGACAUCGGCGUCAUUGCCACGAUCGAGACUUCCAUCUCAUCCAAAGACUAUAGACGGCCUUGCUUUGCCACGAUCCGUGUAUUCUGCUCGGACAGCGAUCGGUGGAUCAAGGCAAUAUGCGACUCAUCAGCCAGACAAGGACGAUGACAAGUCAAAGUCUCGAUCGGAUUCGGAGCCGUCAGAUGAGCUCAGCAAGGCUCGCAAGAUGAUAAAUGACGACCCGAAUGUUCCGUUAUGGCUCAAGAAGAUGGUCGGCCUUCCCUCUGUCGGAGCAAAGACGGGCGGCAUGGACAGCGACAAGUCAAAGGCAACUGUCUCUGCCUCGAGCGGCGAGUCUGGUAAUGCCGGCAACAAGACGACAGGCCCAGAUGGCAAAGCCAAGACGGGUUCGUCUGGACCAUCGCCACCUAACCCUCUGAUCACGCUCGCCAUUGCGGGCGGCAUCAUCUAUUACGUCGCCAUGGGCAAUACCAACGAGCGAGAGAUCACCUGGCAAGAGUUCCGCACUGCAUUCCUAGACAAGGGCCUCGUCGAGCGUCUGGACGUCGUCAACAAGUCUCGCGUGCAAGUCCAUCUGCAUUCCAAUGCCACUGGCGUGCUCUAUCCACAGUCACCAGCUGCAAAGGGUGGCGUGACGUAUAUUUUCUCGAUCGGCUCGGUCGAAGCAUUUGAGCGCAAGCUAGAAGAUGCCCAGCGUGAGCUUGGCAUUCCUUCGCACGAGCGUAUACCUGUCUCCUACAAGGACGUCGUCGGCAUAGGCAGCACAUUGCUAUCAUUCGCACCUACACUCAUGAUCGUCGGUCUGCUCUACUGGAUGUCCCGUCGAGCUAGCGGUGGCGCCGGAGCCGGAGGUGGUCCUUUCGGCAGCGGUGGUAUCUUUGGCAUGGGCAAGUCCCGGGCAAAGAUGUUCAACUCAGAGAGUGAUAUCAAGGUCAAGUUCCGCGAUGUGGCCGGUAUGGACGAGGCAAAGGAAGAGAUCAUGGAAUUUGUCAAGUUCCUCAAAGACCCCAAGCGAUACGAGAAGCUCGGCGCAAAGAUCCCACGUGGUGCGGUCCUGUCAGGACCACCAGGCACAGGCAAGACGCUUCUCGCCAAAGCGACAGCGGGAGAGGCAGGUGUACCCUUCCUGUCGGUAUCUGGCUCAGAGUUUGUCGAAAUGUUUGUCGGUGUCGGUCCAUCCCGUGUCCGCGACCUCUUCGCGUCUGCGCGCCAAAACGCGCCCUGCAUCAUCUUCAUCGAUGAAAUUGACGCUAUCGGCAAGUCUAGGGGCAAGGGCGGCCAGAUGGGCGGUAACGAUGAGCGAGAGUCCACGCUCAAUCAGUUACUGGUCGAGAUGGAUGGUUUCGAUACCUCUCAGCAUGUCGUUGUGCUCGCAGGCACCAAUCGAGCAGAUGUCCUCGACUCUGCUCUCAUGCGUCCUGGGCGAUUUGACAGACACAUUACCGUCGAUCGACCGGACGUAGGCGGUCGCCAGCAGAUCUUCAAGGUCCAUUUGCGCCCUCUCGUUCUCAAAGCAGGUGGCAAGCCAGAAGCAGACCCGGCCGCUUCUCAGUCCGAGAGCUUAGGCGGUGUCUCGACUGCAGCAGCAUCGACGGAUGCAGCAACAGAGAACACGCUUCCGCCGCUCGCCGCAUCGUUGGGCAGCAAUCCGGCUGCUAAGCCAGAGUCUCCAGACGAUGUCGAUACGAACCCAUUCGUCACCAAGCUCGCGCAUAAGCUUGCUGCCCAUACGCCUGGCUUCUCCGGCGCAGACAUUGCCAAUGUCUGCAACGAGGCUGCUCUUGUGGCUGCUCGCAAGGGAGCCGAUUGGGUGAACGAGAAGCAUUUCGAGCAGGCCAUUGACCGUGUCAUCGCUGGUCUCGAGCGCAAGACUCGCGUGCUCAGCAUAGAGGAGAAGACCACUGUUGCCUACCACGAGGCAGGACAUGCUGUCUGUGGCUGGUUCCUCAAGCACGCAGAUCCACUUCUCAAGGUCUCAAUCAUCCCUAGAGGCUCUGCUGCACUUGGCUUUGCACAAUAUCUCCCUAAGGAACGCUUCUUACAUUCGACCGAGCAGCUCAUCGAUAGAAUGUGCAUGACGCUUGGCGGCCGUGUCUCCGAGGAGAUCUUCUUCAAAUCGAUCACAACGGGCGCUCAGGACGAUUUACAGCGGAUCACAAAGAUGGCGUUUGAGGUCUGCGCCAAUUUCGGUAUGAACGCCAAGAUCGGACCCAUUUCAUACGGCCAUCGUGAAGGCGAAAGCUUCACGAAGCCAUUCAGCGAGGCAACCGGGCAGAUGCUCGACGCCGAAGUUCGCAAGAUGGUCAAUGAAGCACACGAGCGCACGACGAAGCUGUUGACAGAGAAGAAAGAUCAGAUCGAUAUGGUGGCAAAGCUCUUGCUCGAGAAGGAGGUCAUCUCUCGUGAGGACAUGAUCAGAUUGCUAGGCCCGCGUCCCUAUGCUUCCUCUGAGGACAACAUUGACGAAGCGCUCGGUUCUGGAGUCUCUGCACCUCUAGGCGGCAGCAAGGGUCCUGUCGAGCCAAAGGGUAAUCCCGAUCCCGUGCCUCAAGGCAUCGACGGCGGUUUGUCACCCGGACUAGCAGCCUCGCCAACCCAACCAAGGCUAUGAGAACAUCGUGAUCCUGUUGUGCCGCAUAUAUUGUAGACCUGUGACUUCUGCUGCC